AUGACGACCUCUACUGUAGAAGAAACUAUCCGCAUUGCACUUAAGGACUCCGACUACGGACGCAUCCUUAAGACGAUUGAGAACAACGCGUUCAGCGAGACCGCUAUUCUCACCCCCAUGUACUCCCAAGUGAUCGACGACAUCCUUGGUGAGCAAGACGCCAGACUCGGUGCAGGGACAUCCCUUGCUGUCUGCAUUAUCCGUACCACGAAGCUGCUGGAAGACGUAGCCAAUCGUGAUGACCUCGAUGAAGGCACGAAGAAACUUGCCGUGCUUCAUUUACAGAAAAGGAUUCGCGUACUCGCGCUUCACCUCCUUCCGCUCGACUUCCCAGACAUCGCGAACCAAGCUACCGGUGCGCUCGCUAAGAAGAAAGGCGGCCACCAUAGAUCGCUACCCGUACCACGCUCUGCAAGCGUUGCGGAGGAUUCGGACACACGUUUAGAAAGUGUCCAGAUUAUGUUUGUUGCAGUCUGCGACGAACUAGGACCUGACCACCUGUCGGUCCACUGCCCUCAGCUCAAUGGACGUAUCGUACUCCAAGAGUUUAGAGAUGAAGAGAAGUUUUUCGAAGCUCUCUUAGAUUGGGAGCACAACCAUAAAGCGCUCGCGGACCUCACGCUUAGACACCCAGCACCGCCUUCGCCCGAACCAGAAACUCCCCCCGUACCAGCCGUCUCCACGCCUACGACACCCCCGACGAUGGAAGCUGACAAUGAACACAGGAUACUCAAAGUCGGUGACUUUGACGCUAGUAGAGGGGUAAUGUUACAGUAA